CCCCUGGCAACUCUCCCACCAAAGCAUCCCGCACCAAGUCCCCCGGACCUGCCAGGCGCCUUUCCAUGAAGAUGAAAAAGCUGCCUGAGCUACGGCGCCGCCUGAGCCUGCGGAGCACCCGUGCUAGCCGCGAGCGAGAGCGGGCAGCCCCCGCAGGCUCGGUCAUCAGUCGUUACCAUCUGGACAGCAGCGUCGGGACCCCUGGGCGGGCGGCAGUGUCCGGGGAAGCGCGGGGCCCGCCGCCAGGGUACUUCAGCGACGGCGAUUCUCCGGAGCGCCCAGCGGGGCCCCCGUCACCCACCGCCUUCCGGCCCUACGAGGUGGAUGGAGUGGCCCGAGCGCGCACAGGGCCGCUGCGAGGGGGAACGGAUUUCUUGCGGCUGGACCAUACAUUCCAUUUGGAGCUCGAAGAUGCCCGGCUGCUGCGGGCCCUGGUUCUGGCAUGGGAUCCUGGCGUGCGGCGGCACAGGCCCUGCGCCCAGGGCACCGUCCUGCUACCCACUGUCUUCCGAGGAUGUGAAGCCCAGCAGCUGGCAGUCCGCCUUGAGCCCCAGGGGUUGCUGUAUGCCAAGCUGACCCUAUCAGAGCAGCGGGAAGUACAGGGCACAGUGGAGCCGCGAGUCUUCGGGCUGCCCCUGCCACUGCUGGUGGAGCGGGAGCAGCCCCCAGGCCAGGUGCCCCUCAUCAUCCAGAAGUGUGUUGGACAGAUUGAACGCAGAGGGCUUCGGGUGGUGGGGCUGUAUCGUCUGUGUGGCUCAGCAGCUGUGAAGAAAGAGCUUCGGGAUGCCUUUGAACGGGACAGUGCAGCCGUUUGCCUCUCUGAGGACCUAUACCCUGACAUCAAUGUCAUCACGGGCAUCCUCAAGGAUUAUCUUCGGGAGUUGCCCACCCCACUCAUCACCCAGCCCCUCUAUCAGGUGGUGCUGGAGGCCAUGGCCCGACAGCCCCCAAGUAGGGCUCCCCCUAGCACUGAGAGCACAAGGGAUCUCCUCAGCUGCCUGCCGGAUGUGGAGAGGGCAACGCUGACACUUCUCCUGGACCACCUGCGUCUCGUCUCAUCCUUCCACGCCCACAACCGCAUGACCCCGCAGAAUCUGGCGGUGUGCUUUGGGCCCGUGCUACUGCCGGCGCGCCAAGCACCCGCUAGGUCCCGCAUCCGCAGCUCAGGCCCAGGCAUCACCAACGCAGUAGACUUCAAGCAUCACAUCGAGGUGCUGCAUUACCUGCUGCAGGCCUGGCCAGAUCCUCGUAGGUCUCCGGAGGCUCCGGAUCUCGCCCCGUAUCUGCGGCCCAAACGACAGCAGUCGCUGCAUUUGCCGCUAACGGGCCCCGAGGUGGUGACUCGGUCCCGCGGCCGAAGCGGCCCUGAAAGUCCUCCGAGCAACCGCUACGCCGGCGACUGGAGUGUUUGUGGGCGGGACUUCCUACCCUGUGGGAGGAACUUCCUGUCCGGGCCCGACUACGACCACGUGACAGGCAGUGACAGCGACGACGAAGACGAGGACGAGGAAACCGGCGAGCCUACUGGCGCCGCCGACUUCGAGGACGAAUUCGAUGCGCCUUUCAACCCGCACCUGAAUCUCAAAGACUUUGACGCCCUCAUCCUGGACCUAGAGAGAGAGCUCUCCAAGCAGAUCAACGUGUGCCUCUGAGCGGGCGGGCAGGACCCCGGUUACUAAGGGCCGGGCUUUUGGUGUCUAAGGCUGUACCCUAACAUUAGGGGAUCGGACCUGUCACUCUGGCCCAGUUCCUGGUAGAUGAGGCGUUACGCGCGACCCACCGGCAGGUUGCUGAGCAUCGUUGCUCGCAUCCAAUGCUCAGUAUCUGGCCCUGGUUGCAAAAGGCAGGCUUUUCUGGGGAUUUUCCGGGACCAGCUGUUGCAGCCAUUUUUUCCGAGCACCAAGGGUUUCUUCCGCUUGCUAGGCCGGCCUCUCUUGCCUCCCCUUGUCUGGGGAAUCAGUUACUGUGAGCAUCACCCUGGGAUGGUGACAACAUACCCCCAGUCUGGCCUCUCGCUGCUGCCAACCAAAACAGUAUUAGCUUUGAGCACUGCACUCUGCUUCUCCCUCCCUUGGGGGACCUAAGGACUACCAUGAGAUGUCCUUUGGGUCAGAGUCGGGGGCAGCCCCUAUUCUGAAUUCCGGCUAGAUAGGGACAGCCUGGAAAACCCCAGAGUUACCUCAAACCAUAUGGAGAAAGCAGAGUUUGGCCCAUCCCCACCUCCCAUUUUUCCUUCCAUCCCAGAAAACAGUUGAGCACUUAUAAGACCUCCCUUUUGGAGGGGCCCCACCUGAAGUGUCAGGCUGGGGCACUUUGGUACGGAACAUAUUUAUUGCCUCCGUGCAUGUGUGUUUGUGUGUGAGGGCUCGUGUGCAUGAACAUGUCUGGGGCAGGCAUGUAGAGCUCUUUCAGGGACCACACGGGGGUAGAGUUCACAAGGACCAGGCACCCUAGAAUACCAAGUUGCUGCCUCAGUGGUCCCCAGAGAUCCAGUGAGAGUAGGAUCCCCUCUGUCAGCCCCCCUACCUUCCCUCACAUCUUUGUUGACAAUAAAUCAGUAUGCACAGA